AUGUCCUACACUGAACGCGUUCGCUACAUCAACACUGUUAAGACAGCUUCGACCAAUCCAGCUUACAAGCCCCAAUAUGACACCCUUCUGACACUACACAAAACAAUCUUCUUCAGUGGUAUUCACGAUAUAGACUUUUUCCUACCGUGGCAUCGUUGGUACAUAUUACAAUACGAAAAUCUUCUACAACAAAUCGAUUGUCGCGUCACCGUUCCUUAUUGGGACUGGAGUUUGGUCGGGGCUAACCCUUUCUCGAGUUCGAUUUGGAACACAGUUGCGGGCGGCUUCGGUGGGAAUGGAGUGCCAGGGGGGAGCUGUGUGAACACUGGCCCAUUCAAACAGGGGGUGUGGUCACUUCCAGCUAGCGCCGGGGGAGGAUGCUUGAGGCGAAACUUUACAAGUACAGCCCCAGACGCAAUUGCAGUUCAGAAUCUGAUAUCGUCAAAUUCCAACCCCGAAGACUUCUUAAAUUUCGAACAAAUGUUGCGAAUCCAAUUCCACGAUCUUGUUCAUUGCCGUAUCGGUGGCAUAAUGUGCAUUCCAAAUUCCGCAACGUCUCCCGAGUUUUUCCUGCAUCAUGGCUUCGUUGAUAAGAUCUGGUGGGACUGGCAGAAGCAAAGCAACGCGCACAAGUUCAAUACAUAUUUCCUCACGCAAGCUGGGUUAAUGACAUCCACACCGUAUCGAUCCAGAGAUUUUCUUGAUUUGAAUAAUCAACCUGGUUGCGUAUGCGCCGAAUAUGUGGACCCACGUAAUGUUGCCUACGGACAAAUUAAAGGUUUGUCACUAUAGUUACUACCACGUAAAGGAUUGUAAGGCAUUUUAAGCAAGACUAGAAUGUAAUGCGAAUUUUUAAUUAAGCAGGUUUUGAAUUAAAGGAGCUCAAAGUUGGCAAAAUCGUAGCUAAAAGCAUAAAUUAGCGCAUUUUGUGCGUUAAUUCAACAUCGCCAAAGAAAAUAUGCUACUAGCUUAAAUGUCUUAUAUAUACUUUGUUGCAAACUUUCUAAUGGUUAAAGGUAUAGCUUAUUUUUGUUAAAAGUGAACUUGAUAUUUUGCAUUUUUUCUCAACGUGGUAAUUAAUAGGCAAAAUUCUAAAAUUCUAAAAUAUUCGCCUAUAAGGCCAAAAUCAGAGUUGCCAACAUAUAUAGUCUUGUUCAUUAAUGUCCAUACUCAAUGAAAAUAUCAGUUGGCAGCUUGUAACAGAAAAUGCCAUCAAACAAAUAUUUUUGUACAUUUUCAAGUUUUGGCCGGCCGUCGACAAGGAGAAUAGUUCUACGUUUCGAACGAAUUAGGUCCUUCGUCGGGGGAAGUUAUAAUUAGUAGCUCGAUGUUAGGCCUUCGCUCGAGACGUGGAAGUUCUCCUUGUAUUUUUCGGGCAGUUGUAUCCGUACCAAUCUGCAGCUUUCAGAAAACAAAAUUACUUAGAAUACAUUGUUAUACAAGCUAAAGCGUACACAUUAUUCAACUUUACUUUAUUUACGCCCUUAAACUACUUAAAUUUCUUUUAAAUUUCUGUAAUUAAAUUUCUGUAAGUAGCAAUAUUUUCAGUGAUUUUAGGUAAAACACCGUAAAUGACUUUUUGCGUUAUUUAAAAGCAAUAUAGUGUGUAAUAUAGUGUACACCCCUCUCCUCGUUCGCUACGUUCCUUAUCGUCUGCAACAACCCAAUAAUUGUCUCUUUCAUUACAUUACAUUACAUUCUACUUCAUUUAGCCAUGUCAGUUAGUCAACUAAAGAGUGUCGCACGAUUGCCACUACCACCGCUGUCAAGCAAGGCUGCCAAGUUGUUCCAUACUUCCUCCGCAGAAAUGAAGCUAGUUACCAGACUUCGCGCCAAGAUUAAACCCAGACUAACUGUGUCCAAGAGCGCCUUGCAUGGCCCUGACGCGAAACUUGGCAUGAUGUUGAGCAAAAUUGGACAAGGUGACUAAGUUCGUAGUUCGUGCUCCUUCGAAGUAUUCUAUAACUAAAGCUAGGCCGACUCCGGAGACUUACUUAGGUUGAAGGGAUUUUUUACACAGUGGAAAUGUCGAUCGGAAGAUUAUAUAGCUAAAUAGGAGCUGAGCAGCUCUAAAAUUGUAUAUAAUGUUUCCCUCGCAAUUUCCAUCUACAAAACCCUUCAACUGUUAGUUCUAUCGAGCGAGAUGCCAAAAAAUCUCGAUGUUGAAUGGACGAUUCCAGCCAUAGACGAAAUAUAUACGAAAUUUGCGAAUUACACAGGGCUAUAUUUUCUUCAUUUUACAACAUUUAGCAACCAAUAUUUGCAGUUUUACUCUGAGACACUCUUUCUAGCUGCGAUGUUGCCUGUUGGAUUUCGUUAUUCUUGCCAAAAUUUAGUCUAUAUCCAGUGGAAUCACCAUUAGAUUACAUACCUCCGUCAGUGAAUUAAGGUGAUUUAUCAGUAAUUGUUCUGGAAAUGACAAUUUGCUGAAACUCCCAGGGGUGAAGGUUAUGAUAUGCUCACAGUAAAAACAGAAAAAAAAGUUGGGGUCACCAAACUCGUUUCGAAUAUAUGACAAGUGCAAUAUGCCAUCUUUCCCCCCGGCCUAUAUGCAUGGCGCUAUUUGACCCUUUUACGAGUUACAGGAACAAUCGCAAUAUGUUAAUAAAGAUUAGGGUUUUAGCUUUCGAAUGACUGUAACUUCCUUGUAUUAUUUCAAGCAAAAAUGACCAAAUGCGAGCCGAUUGAAAUCACAUUUUUUUCCACCUAUGUGGAUCAUUAAAGCAGUGCAGAAGAAAAUAAAAAAACCCAAUUUACUGCAAUGCAAUUUCCACGUACCGGCAAUUUUUAUUCGAUCCGUAUUUGGUCAUUUUCUCUUAUACCAAAAAGGUAUCAUUGGACAGUUGAAAGCCUGAAUUUUCUUGUCGUCUAAAUAUUUUCCCGAUAAACUCUAUACCUAUAACGCACGCGAACAUGCUGAUUAGAAGUUGGAUUAUAGUAUUAUACCUUUUUUAUGUACACUGUAUAAGCAUACCUGAGUUCCAAUUGAUCAUUUUAUUGUUCGUCCCAUAGGCCCCAUUGGUGUCAAUGGCAGCCAAGUAGCUUUUGAUGAGGAACAGCAGAAUGGAUCCGAAGAAGAAAUUUUUCAACUAUAA